UCGAAAUCGAAAUGCCGGCAAGCCGUCUGGCGUUCCUCAAGCAAAAGAACGGCGCGUUGCGGUUCCCAGGGCAGACCGCCUUCCUCGUAGGUGCCACUUCCGGGAUUGGGGAAGGCAUAGCUAGGCGACUGGCGAAGGCUGAAUUCAAUGUGAUCAUCGCGGGUCGCAAUGCCGGCAGGGGAGCCACCGUGGUGAAAGAACUCAAAUCGAUGUUUCCAGGUGGAGACCACCAGUUCGUGUCAUUGGACGCACAGUACAUUGGCGGGAUCCGCGGCUUGUCCCAUCAAUUGCCGCAAGUGGACAAGUUGAUUCUGACCCAAGGCAUUGCGACGUUGCAAGGCCGGACGUUGACGUCGGAAGGAAUCGACCAAAAGAUGGCGCUGCAUUACUAUGGUCGUAUGGCGCUCAUCCAGGAGUUCCUACCGCGGCUGCGGCAGUCCACGCAGUCACCGCGCGUACUCUCUGUCUUCAGUGCAGGCGUUCACAAGCCGUACGAAGGCUACCGAGAAGACCCGGACCUACGGCACAGCUACACGCUUCAAAACGCUGCCAACGCCGCGGGGUUUUACAACGACCUCAUGUUAGACGCGUGGAGCCAAGAGGACGCGAACGCAGGGAUUGCCUUCGCCCACGCCGCGCCUGGCAUUGUCGCGACCAACUGGGGUACCGAAAUGCCGUGGGCCGUGCGCAUGGCCCUCAAGCCUCUCAAGCACUUCCUUGCAAAGUCCCCGGACGACUGUGCCGAGUUCAUGUGUGACUUUUUACUGGACGCGUCGGCAUUCCCGCCCAUGUCUGGAGUCCAUCUCAUUGAUCAGCAUGCCGGCGUCGCGAAGAAGACGAGUGCGCACACUCCUGAGGCUGCCGCCUUUAUCUACCACCACACGCUGUCUGUGCUGGACCAAGCUGAGCACAGCCAUCGCGAAUGAAUCGAGUGUGCGCAUCUUUUAAGGAUCAAAUGCAUCACUUAUUCAUGCACCGCUGAAA